UGAGAUGAGAUAUGCCGCAGCCGACACGCAUGCUGCUCCUCCUCACUGACGCUUUACUCUCCGUCUUGCGUGCUGAGAGGCGGGGAGAGACUCAAACGUCAACCUGUUUUGACGUUGGCUGCUGAUUGGCUCGAGCAUCAACCCUCUUAGCUAUCAAAGCGUGUUUAUUAUUGUGCUAUAGUCAAAUGCAUACGAUUAAGCGGACGUGUCCGUCCACUGGCGACGGAGCAACUCCAACGGGCCGUGGUACCACGAAGAGCAACAGCAGCAGCGGCAGUACCAGCACAGAGGCGCCGGACAAAAAUGCGUACGGGGAAUAUCAGAGCGGAAGCGCGGUCUACAAAGCUCUCGGCCUGGUGUGCAGGAGUGGGUUUGACAACGUGGGUUGCGAGUCGACUCUAAGCCUCGUGUGCGUUUCGUACUGCAACACCCUGCGGGAGAGUCUGCGCUGGAAAUUGACGAUAGCGCAAAGCACGCCAGCUCGCUUGAUCAACGUCCUUCGCCCUGCUGCUGCCGCUGGUGCGAACGAGGGACGUUGUGACAGGAUUCAAGUUCCAGUGGCAAUCCAUCAUCUUACGUACGAUUUGCAGGACUUCCCGACCGAUGUGGUCUGGCCUCGCGACCUUCGUCGGUUAUCUUUCGGCGAUAAUUUCAACGGCAGCAUCGAGGGCGUGCGGUGGCCCGCCCGGCUAGAGAUCAUUUGGCUGGGCCAGAGCUUCAAUCACCCUGUGGAGAAUGUGGAGUGGCCAUCCUUGAAACAGUUAAGGUUUGGGCGCGCCUUUGAUCAAGACGUCGAGCGUGUGCGAUGGCCGAGUGGUCUCGAGCAACUGGUGUUUGGGCACCAGUUUAACCGCCCUAUCGCCGGCAUGAAAGAGUGGCCGCCUUCUCUCCUCGUGCUGUCGUUCGGCCACGCCUUCAACCAGGGCGUUGCCGGCGUAACCCUACCUCCUCGCCUGGAGUUCCUGGAGUUCGGGCAGAACUUCAACCACUCGAUCGACGAGCUCUCUCUGCCGCCCACCCUUCAGCACAUCAGAUUCUCUCACAAGUUCGACCAGAACCUGGACCAGGCUUCCUGGCCGCAGUCCCUGCGUACCGUGUGGCUUUGCGGCACCUUCGCCCAGCCGAUCAGGGACGUCGUGUGGCCGGCGGCCCUCAAGGUGCUUGCUCUGCCGGCGAGGUUUGGGAGACAGGGAGAACACGAAGAUGGCGAUGACGAUGAUGUUGAUCAAUGGCGGGCCGUUCUGCCUGUCGGCUGCCGGUUUCAGCGAGCAGUGUGCGGCUAGUCUACGGGAAAACCGACACCAUAGACACCAAAACAAAAGACUCCGCCGCCAAGUGAUGAUAUUCCUCCGCAGUUCCCGUUGAGUUGGUUGGACAACGCCGAGAGUAUGUUGUUGUGCUGGCCGGGUUUUGCUCUUGCACCGUGCCGAAGCGCCGUUCAAGACAAAGAAAUCUAGCAACC